UGUCCAUGAAGACUGAUGCAUCAAUGGAUUGUCCAUUUAAAUUCAGUUCAGGAGACCCUUCUGCUGAUGUGAGUAACAAACAGGAUGGGUCGGUGUCUUCCAUUGGAAAGAAGCAGCUGGGCUCCAUUUUUAAGAAGCUUGAGGACACAGUCAUUUCUCUAUUGAAGAAAGAGCUGAUGAGGUUCAAGGCAUUACUGAGCUCAGAUUACCCAGUGUCCUCUGAGAUAGAAGAAGAACAUCAAGUCAGAGAGGGGUUUCUGAAGAUCACACUUCACGCCCUGAGAAAGAUGAACCAGACAGAACUCGCUAAAACACUACAGACCAAGAUGGCCCCUUUGUAUGUGAAAAAGCACAAAUCCAGACUAAAGGAUACCUUUCAACGAAUAAAUGAAGGAAUAUCAAAGCAAGGAAACUCGCUUCUGAAUGAGAUCUACACAGAGCUCUACAUCACAGAGGGAGGGAGUGGAGAGGUCAACAAUGAACAUGAAGUGAGACAGAUUGAGAGAACAUCCAGAAGACCAGAGAUGCCAAUCAAGUGCAAUGACAUCUUCAAAACCUUACCAGCACAAGACAAACCCAUCAGAACCGUGCUGACUAAAGGAGUGGCUGGAAUUGGAAAAACCGUCUCUGUGCAGAAGUUUAUCUUGGACUGGGCUGAAGGGAAAGAGAAUCAGGAUAUUCACUUCAUGUUUCCACUUCCGUUCAGAGAGCUGAAUUUGAUAAAGGACAAAAAUAUGAGUCUGAUGGGGCUUCUGUAUCAGUUUUUUACAGGUACAGAAGAGCUGAGAUCAAAAGACAUUCAUGACUAUAAAGUCCUAUUCAUCUUUGAUGGUCUCGAUGAGUGUCGACUUCCUCUAAAUUUCCGGAACAAUCAGAGGUUGUGUGAUGUAACAGAAGCAGCCUCAGUGGACGUGCUGCUGACCAACCUCAUCAUGGGGAAUCUGCUUCCUUCUGCUCUCCUCUGGAUCACCACUCGACCAGCCGCAGCCAGUCAGAUUCCUCCUGAGUGUGUCGACCAGAUCACAGAGGUACGAGGCUUCAAUGACCCUCAGAAGGACGAGUAUUUCAGGAAGAAGAUACACAAUGAGAGUCUGGCCAAUAAAAUCAUCACACACAUCAAAUCAUCAAGGAGCCUCCACAUCAUGUGCCACAUCCCAGUGUUCUGCUGGAUUACAGCCACUGUUCUAGAGGCAAUGUUACGUGAAUCGGAAAGCGGAAAGAUCCCCAAUACUCUCACUCAAAUGUUCACACGCUUCCUGAUCGUUCAGACCAAACUGAAGACCCAGAAGUAUGAAGGAAAAUGCGAUGUGGAUCUUCAGCAGACCAAAAAAAAUCUUCUGUUACUGGGCAAACUGGCUUUUGAACAGCUGGAAAAAGGGAACCUGAUCUUCUAUGAGGAAGACCUGAGAGAGUGUGGCAUUGAUGUCAGAGAAGCGUCGGUGUACUCAGGAGUUUGCACACAGAUCUUCAGAGAGGAGUUUGGGCUGCACUUGGGGAAAGUCUUCAGCUUUAUGCAUCUGAGCAUUCAGGAGUUUCUUGCUGCUGUAUAUGUGUUUGUGUCCUUUGUCAACAAAAACCUCUUCACUUCCAAGUCAAAAAUGCAGGAAUUUCUAAAGAGUGAAGUGGACAGGGCCUUACAGAGUGCAAAUGGACACCUGGACCUUUUCCUCCGUUUCCUUCUGGGUCUAUCACUGGAGUCUAAUCAAACAGUCUUUCGAAGCCUACUGAAACAGCGAGGAAACAGCUUUCACAGUGGACAGGGCAUUGUUAAGUACAUUAACAUGAAGAUUAGGGAAAAUCCCUCUUCAGAGAAAUCAAUCAACCUGUUCUACUGUCUAAAUGAAUUGAAUGAUCAUUCUCUGGAGCAGGAAGUACAAAUAUUCCUGAAGAGAGGUAGAAGUGGUAUUUCCAACCUCUCUCCUGCUCAGUGGUCAGCUCUGGUGUUUAUGUUGCUAAACUCAGAAAAGGAACUGAAUGAGUUUAAACUGAGUGAAUAUUAUCCAUCUGAAGAAUGUUUACUGAGGCUGCUGCCAGUGGUAACAGCAUCCAGGAUAGCCGAGUUAUCUAAUUGCUGUAUUCGAGAUGAAGGUUGUGCUGCUCUGGCUACAGCUCUGAGAUCAAACCCCUCACACCUGAGAGAACUCAAUCUGAACACAAACACACUGAGAGAUUCUGGAGCAAAGUUGCUUUCUGCUCUACUUGAGGAUCCACAGUGUAAACUGGAGAAACUACAGCUGUCUCACUGCAGUAUUGGAGAGGAAGGUUGUGCUCUUCUGGUUUUAGCUCUGAAAUCAAACCCCUUACACCUGGAAGAACUCAAUCUGAGCUUUAACAAACCAGGAGAUUCAGGAGUGACACUGCUGUCUGCUGUACUGAUGGAUCCACAGUGUAAACUGGAGAGACUACAGCUUUCCACCUGCGAUAUUAGAGAGAAAGGUUGUGCUGCUCUGGCUUCAGCUCUAAAAUCAAACCCCUCUCACCUGAGAGAACUCAAUCUGAACUUUAAUAAACUAGGAGACUCAGGAGUGAAGCUGCUUUGUGCUGGCCUGGUGGAUCAACACUGUAAACUGGAGAAACUAUGGUUGUCCUGGUGCAGAAUUGGAGAAGAAGGUCAUGCUGAUCUGGUUUUAGCUCUAAAAUCAAAUCCUUCACACCUGAGAAAGAUUGAUCUGAGCUACAAUGAAACAGGACAUUUUGGAGUAAACCUGCUCUCUGACCUACAGAAAGAUUCACAGCGUAAACAAUUUGAAGAUUGUCCCGCUCUGGCCUCAGCUCUGAAAUCAAACCUCUCAAGCCUGAUAGAGCUGAAUCUGAAUAAUACUGCACCAGGCGAUACGGAAGUGGAGCUGCUUUCUGCUCUGUUGAUGGAUCCACAUUGUAAACUGGAGAAAUUACAGUUAUCUCACUGCUGUAUUAGAAAUGAAGGUUUUGCUGCUCUGAUUUCAGCUCUGAAAUCAAACCCCUCACACCUGAGAGAACUCAAUAUGAGUGAAAAUGAUCUAGAAGAUUCUGAAGUGAGGCUGCUCUCUGAUCUACUGAAGGAUCCACACUGUAAACUGGAGAAACUACAGCUGUCUCACUGCCGUAUUAGAUAUGAAGGUUUUGCUGCUCUGAUUUCAGCUCUGAAAUCAAACCCCUCACACUUGAGAGAACUCGAACUUAAUGAAAAUGAUCCAGGAGUUUCUGAAGUGAGGUUGCUCUCUGAUCUACUGAGGGAUCCACGCUUUAAACUGGCGAAACUACAGUGA